AUGGUAUUGGAUUUUGAUUUUGAUUUUGUUCUUGGCUUAACUGAUACAAUUGCUGGUUAUCCAUUUAAUACUGUUCAAGAUUAUUUUAUUAAAAUUGCAGAACAAGAAUCGAUUUUAGGAUUUUUUAAAGGUAUGUCAUCACCAAUGUUUGGUGUUGCAAUUAUAAAUGGAAUUGUUUUAUUUUUCUAUUCGAAAUCUUUCAAAAAAUUUAUUUAA